AUGGAGGCCCUCGUCGCGCUGGUCAAGAGUCACCCGGGACCCUGGGUGCUGCUCUUCGCCGCCCUCUUCAAGUUGCUCCACGGACUUUUACGGAAGUUACCUACACCUAAAGUCGUGCUGCGGAACGACUUUCAACUGUGGAAGUGGAGGAACCUCUCCAUGUCCAUAGUGCACUCGCUACUUACUGGGACGUGGGCUAUCUCGAGUGCGUUGAUUUGGCCUGAGACAAUUAGCGACAUCCACAGGCACCACACGUCGCUGUCCUAUCUGCUCGUGUGCAUUUCAACAGGAUACUUCGUGGAGGAUGCGUUUGACAUCAUCCACUCGGGAUACUCAUUAGCAUCUUGGGAAUUCCUCCUCCAUCAUGCACUUGUGAUCUCGAGCUUCCUGUACACACUCUACACGCACCUGUACGUGGCCGCCGCGGUGAUCACGCUUUUCGUAGAGGUGAACAGCGUGACGCUGCAUAUGCGGCUGCUACUCAAAGUGGCGGGCGCUACCUCCUCGACCAUCUACGACGUCGUUAAAGUGAUUAACAUUUGCACCUUCGUUGUCUUCCGCCUCACCGCGCAUUUCUAUCUCAGCUGGUACUUGGCGUGCAACUACUCAAAGUUGGAAAAUGCCAACUUUUUCGCAUGUUGUCUGACGAUAAUGAACAUCAUGAUUUUGGUCUACUUCUACCGCCUCAUCCGCUCAGAUUUCCUUCGGCACACUGGCAGGAGUGGCCACGCUGCUCAAAAUGGGAAGCUUGUGUCCAAGAAGUUCCUCACUGAUUGA